ACACGCCCUCCCCUGGAAAGAGCCAUUGAGCAUCUUUGCCUCCCGGCUCCGGGCAGGUGACGGGGACCGGGCAGCCGGGCAGGGGGCUCGCGGCCCAUGGCUGCGGGCGGGGACGCGAGCAGCCCCGGGGCCCAGCAUCAGCAGGCGGCGCGCUGGGCUUGGUGCCCCCUUUGUUCCCACCCUGCUGCCUAGGAUGAGCCGGGAUUGGCUCUGCCCCCCAGCCCGCUGCAGGAGCCACUGACGGGGCUGGGCAUGGAGCUCUGCCCCCGCCUGGGGUAGCCCCCCCCCCAGUUCUUCCCGAACCCUCCCGCCUGCGCUCCGAGAUGCGAUCGCUCCCCAGCCGGCGCUGACCGCGGCCCCCCUCUCCGGGCGGCACGGGGGUGCAUUCCUGCAGACCCUGGAGCGCGCGGCGGGGCUCCCCCUCUGCAGCAGGUUAAGGAUGGUAAAUGUGAUGGGUGAUGCCGGCUGCUGGCUCCUGCUCGGGUUGUCCCUCCUCCCUGUCUUCGGGCUGGGCUCCCAGGACAAUGGGCCGGUGAUUCGCAUCAACAAGGUCCAGCACCAGCCGCUGCGCGUGGGGCUGGCUGAGCCAGUGGCCCUCCCCUGCCUCUUCUUGCUCCAGCCUUCGGCCUCACUGGGGCCCAACGAGCCGCCGGACCCGCCUCGCAUCAAAUGGAGCAAGGUGCAGUCGGCAUCCGGCCAGAAGGAGGACGUGCCCGUCCUGGUGGCCAAGGAGAACGUGGUGAAGGUGGUGAAAGCCUACGAGGGGAGGGUGUCCCUGCCUGGCUACCCCAGCAACCGCUACAACGCCACCCUGGUGAUCGGUGCAGCGCGGGCCAGCGACGCCGGGCUGUACCGCUGCGAGGUGGUGGCUGGCAUCGACGAUGAGCAGGACCUGCUGCCCCUGGAGGUCACCGGUGUGGUGUUCCACUACCGAGCAGCCAGCAACCGCUACGCGCUGACUUUCCCUGAGGCCCAGCGCACCUGCCGGGAGAACUCCGCCGUCAUCGCCUCCCCACGUCACCUGCAGGCUGCCUUUGAAGAUGGCUACGACAACUGCGAUGCUGGUUGGCUGGCCGACCAGACUGUCCGGUACCCCAUCACGCUCUCCAGACCUGGCUGCUACGGAGACCGCAGCAGCCUGCCAGGCAUCCGCAGCUAUGGGGAGCGGGAAGCCAGUGAAGCCUAUGAUGUCUACUGCUACGCCAGGGAGCUCCAAGGGAAAGUGUUCUACGUCUCCACGGCCGGACGGCUGACGUCCCAAGGAGCCAGGAAGCACUGCCAGAACCAGGGGGCCUCGCUAGCCACCACAGGCCAGCUGUAUUUAGCUUGGAGGGAUGGCUUGGACCAGUGCGACCCAGGCUGGCUGGCAGACGGAAGCGUCCGAUAUCCAAUCAGGACCCCACGUAAAAAAUGUGGAGGGGACGAGCCAGGCGUGAGGACCGUGUACCAGUUCCCCAACCGGACUGGCUUCCCGGGCCCGGCCAUGAAGUUUGACGCCUACUGCUACAAAGCGGGUCAGCAGCCAUCCCCGUCACAGAAGAAACCAGACGAGUUGAGUCCUGAAAAAACAGAGAGCAGCCUGGAUCGUGGGCAGCCGGAGCCGGAUCUGGAUGGGUUGGAGCCGGCGGGGCCUGACCCUCUGGGCAUUGACAACGUCUUGGUGGAGCAUGCCGAGGAGCAGCUGCCUCUGGCGCGAAACGAGCUGAUCCCCAAAGAGCGCAAGGACCCCAGCGUGUCCGGGGACUCCAGGGAGAUCACCCGCGGUCACUACAGCCUGAAGCACAAGCUGCUGGGGCCAGUCCUGUCGGAGGACGAGCAGCUGCAGCUGGUGACGGCUGGCCCAGCUGGGAAAGACCCAGAGCCUCCCCAGGUGGGAUCCCAGAGGGCAGCAGCCACGGUAGCUCCCGUUCUGGAAGGGGCCGAGGUUCUGGCUGAGAAUGUGUCUCCGAAACCCUCUUCAGUCUCCUUUCUGGCUGGGCCGGGGGAAGAUCAGUCUCUGAAUAUGGUCAACCAGGCACCAGUGCAAGGGGUGAGCAGUGACCAGGGAGCCCACGAGCCGCUGCGCUUCACCACAGGUCGCUGGGAGGAGACACCUGGCCCCAGCCAGGUGACCUCUGUGGAAAGAGAUGCCCUAGCCCUGGGGGAACGCACCGAUGCCUUCCAGCCAACCUGGCGUGGUGGCAUCACACAGGGGCCCCUGUCAGCUGAUCUGCAGCCGCCUUCCCAAAGACCUGCCCCAGAGCUCCCCCAGGAACAUGUCGCUAGCACCGUGGCCCAGGAUGGCCUGGGGCUCUCAUCUGCUGCCAAGGAGCCCGAGCAGCUGAGCCCUGCCACUCUGGAUGAACCCAGCCAUCUGCCCCACGGCCCUGAAUCCACCAAGAAGAGUGUCUCCUCGGGGCUGAACGGCCGGUACUUCCAGCUGCAGCGUGAGGGACAAGCCCAGGGCGUGGACGGGAACGCUUUGGGGGGCGUCACGCCCACCCCUGGCCUGGCGUGGGAGAUGACAGGCCCGGCGGACAAUGCUGUCGAGAUCCUCCCCGCAUCCAAGCCCACCGCCAAGGCCCACGCAAGGGACCGCGCCUACCCCCUCUCCAACGAAGUAGAUGAGCAGGCCGAGGGGCAGGCCGGCCACAAGCGAAGGGGAUCAACCCACCAAGGGCACCCACAGACGGGGACAGCCCCAGCACCCCCCUCACCAUCUGCUCCCGACCAGGAAAAAAAGCCACAAUGGACCCUCCGCCUGACACCACCGCUCCCCCAGCACAGCCGCUGGGCUCCCACUGACCAGCCCCCAGCCAGCGACAGUCCUUGGGCGGCGCGUGCGGCCAACACCAUCCGGAUGGGAGAGUCACUGAUGGGUACUCGGGGGGUGGCAGAGACAGCAGCCAGCGCGGAGGAGGGAAGACGGGACCGGAGCUCUGAGAGCAUCCCGAUGCUGGCUGACCCGACGCCGGCAGCCAGUGGGCUGUCUCUGCGCCCGGCUGGCACCCUGACCGCAGGAGACGCUCUCAGUCCACUGGAGGAGGCCGCUCUCAACCCGCUGCUCCCCAGCUCCAGCGUCCGAGGCGAUUACCCCCAGGCGGGAGGCCUAGGGCUGCCGCCCCCUGGGGAGGAUGUGGAGGAUUCCUCUGGGGAGGUCACCUCCAGUGAGGAGGGUGCCACCCCCAUCCCGCCGCUAUCUGCCCUCCCCAGGGCCCACCUGCAUGCACUACUCCCCCCCCACGCUGAGGAUCUGGGGGCGCCCCCCUCCACCCAUCCCCACCCCGGGGGCAGCGAAGGCAGCGGCGCUGCGGAGUUCAGCUUCCCGGAGAGGAAGGGCAAAGACGUGACCUUUACCGAGAGGUUCAUUUCCUUGCCUGGCCGCGCUGGCAGUCCACCAGCCAGUGCUGAGAGCUCCGGCUCCAAGGAGCCCAGGGAGAGAGCUGGCACGGACGCCCACAGGGCUCUGGGCUUGGAGUCUCUGGAUGAACCCCCGGGCCUGGAGGAAACGUUGCCUGGCCCAGCCUGGGAGCUGAGAGACGAGCGUGCAGAGGAUGGGCAGGCUGAGCUGCAAGGCGAAGGCGCGGUCACUCAUCCCGCUGAGGAGAUUCCAGCCCCAGCACCUGCCCGCUCUGACCCUUGGGUGGCACCAGCCGAGUUUCCAGCCAGCAACAGCGAGCCAGCCAGCCGCGAACCUGCCACGCAGCCCAGCCCAGCUUGGGCAAUGUCGGCCGGCCAGCUACAGCCACGGGAGCUGGAGGGGGAAGGCGAGGACAUGAACUUGGCUGCAGCACUGUCCGGGGAUGGGUCAGCGGAGCAGACUGUGGGUCCCCCGACGCUCCCUUUUGGCACCACCCAGACCACGGCUCUGGACCCCUACAAGCCUGCAGGGACCAACUGGCCGGUGAUCAGGAGGGGGCAGAUGGCAGCAGGAGCCAUCAGCCUCCUACAGCCAUCGCUGACAAUCACGGAGCCUGCCCACUCCCCUGUACCGGGUCCCACACUCCCUGGCACAGUUGCUAACCGAGCCCCUGUAGCAGGACCAGCCCAGGCUGCUGUCACAAUGACCAGGCUGCCAGGAGUCACGGGGCUCGAGAGCUCGCCCUCCGCACCGGCUGCUGCAAGCCACACAGAGCCCAACGCAGAGGAUGUCUUGGGGGAAGCCAAGAGGGAUGAGCCACCAACGCCGUGGGGCUCUGCAGCUGGGCCGCCCCAGCUGGAACAAAGGAUGAGGGUGAGCACCAGCCCUCAGGACCCCCUGCCCAGCUUGCCCACUGAUUUAUCUCCGCUGGUUCCUGGGUCCCGGGAGGAAGGCGUCCUGGAGCCCCUGGUGCACGCCAGCCAGGCCUUCAAGGCACCCAAGGCGGAGCUGGACAGAUUCAUUCUCCAGCCCGUGAUUGACACGGCCCAAGAGGGCAUCCUGGCCGAGGUCCCAGGGCUUUCACUGGCGGACAGGGAGGCUGACAGCGGGAGCGGAGAGGAGCAAGUGCUGCCCUUUGCGGGGGAGAAGGAGAGCCUGACCUGGACUGGGGAGAGCAAGGCCAGCACACUGGCUCAGGCCGACGCCUGCGAGACUAACCCCUGCCUGCACGGCGGGACCUGCCAGGCCAACGGAACCGUCUACAGCUGCAGCUGCGACCAGGGCUUCACCGGGGAGAACUGCGAAAUAGACAUUGACGACUGCCUGUCCAGCCCGUGUCAGAACGGAGGCACCUGCAUCGACGAGAUAAACUCCUUCGUCUGCCUCUGCCUGCCCAGCUAUGGGGACAGCCUGUGCGAGAAAGACACGGAGGGAUGUGAUCAUGGCUGGCACAAGUUCCAGGGCCACUGCUUCCGCUACUUUGCGCACCGGCGCUCCUGGGAGGACGCGGAGCGGGACUGCCGUCAGCGCGCCGGCCACCUGGCCAGCAUCCACUCACCUGAGGAGCACGGCUUCAUUAACAGCUUUGGGCACGAGAACACCUGGAUCGGGCUCAAUGACCGGAUUGUGGAGCAGGAUUUCCAGUGGACGGAUAACACUGGCCUGCAAUAUGAGAACUGGAGGGAGAACCAGCCCGACAACUUCUUUGCCGGUGGCGAGGACUGCGUGGUGCUGGUGUCCCACGAGAUCGGCAAGUGGAACGACGUCCCCUGCAACUACAACCUGCCGUACAUCUGCAAGAAAGGCACAGUGCUGUGCGGGCCGCCCCCGGCCGUGGAGAACGCCUUCCCCAUCGGCAAGCAGAAGGAGAAGUACAGUAUCCACUCGACCGUCCGGUACCAGUGCGGGGAUGGCUUCACCCAGAGGCACGUCCCCACCAUCAAGUGCCACAGCAACGGGAAGUGGGACAGACCAAAAAUCCUCUGCACAAAACAAGGGCCCACAGAACCCGCCGCCGCCGCCACCGCCGCCACCAUAACCACCCGCGCCACCACCACGACUCCCGCAAGGAGAGGAGAAAACACAGGAAGCAGCUCCAGUUGGACUGGGUGGAGGAAGGCAACUACUUCUAGAGGCUGGUGACGGGCAAGCACAAGUCCCCCCCCCGCCGCCCCGGGAUGAGCCGGGCACGUGUGUGUGAUGGGAAAGGGCAACUUUUACUGACCCCCCCCAGCCCUCCUUUUCUAAACCCCUUUGUUUUAAUUCCUUAGGACGCCCCCAGUCCCCAUGGCCUGUGUCCCCGGGGGGGUACGUGUGUGUGCAUUUGUGUCCCUCUGUGCAUACACAAGGCCUUGACCCGGCUAGGUGCUCAGUCCCUCCCAGGAGCCGCUCAGCACCACGUAGGGUCAAGGUGUUGGGCCCCACCCAUCCCGGCUCCCACUGAGCGCAGAGGCCAGGCCAGGCUCCCAGGACGGGUCCAUACUGUCCUCGCACGUCCGUACAGGGCCUGAUCCUCAGCUACUGUAACCUGAGGCCACUGUCCACUUCAGUGGCUUUACACCGAUUCACACUGGUGGAGGGAGGGGAGGGCUUUGGCCCGGUUUGGUACGUCUACACAGCGAAACAACCCCGCAGCAGCGAGUCUGAGCCCAGCCUCAGAGACUGACUGCAGGGGGUUGUUUUGGGAAUGUCGACGUCCCCGCUGACUCCAGUGGAGCCGGGCGGAUUCACUCCAGCUGGGAUCUCGGCCUUGUUCCCAGGGAGGCAGGACAGACAGUUCCCCUCCCCAUCUCUGGCUCCUUUGCUUGGGCUCCUCGUCUGGGCAAAACCCCAGUGUGACUCCUCAUCCCCAAUCCCUCUGGCCUUCUGCAAGGGAGACUCCAGUUUUUUAAUAAACAACCCCCCCCCUUCCUUUUUGCCCUCCCUUCCCUCUCUCCCCCAAGUAGCAGGUCCCUAUAGUCCCCUCCUGCCAGGCCCCCUCUUCCGCUCCUCCCCACGGUGGCAUCUAUGUUCCGUUCUCUUCCUUUCGGACCCAGUGGUUUCCUGACUGGCUAGAAGUACAGAAGCUCAGAGCAGGACACACGCUCACACUCAAAGCACUGAAGCUUUCUCCGUAUUGGGAAACAAAUGUCCUUACUAAAACCAAGGGCAGGUCCCCUAGGAGCCCACACAAGAGUCCUGUCUGAAUAGGUGACAAUCCUUUUCCAGCUUCGGUCUCCCCGACAGACCGAGAAAGCAAAGCAAAUCCCAGCCACCGACGGGUUACAACGCAGUGGUUGUCUCGGAAUCCCUUCGCUUCCAUCUGUCUUCAUUUUAUUUGCUAUCUUCCUUUCCCGGGGCAAGAGGCAACGGGUAGAAAACGCACCGUGGGAAAGACAAGGGGGAGCAGGCGUCCCUUGAUAGCCAGUAUUGCUCUGGUGUUGGGAUGCUUCUCAACCGAAAACAAAUGAAAACCCUCCAGGGCGGGGUCUGGUCUCGCCUUUCCGUCCCUUCCCCCUGGGGUCUGGGAGCGUAGGCAGCAGCAGGCCGUUACACUUUAUUUCUGUGCUGAUGGUUCUUCCUGUCUCCAGCCCCUGCCCCAGGACAGACGUACCAAGGAUCCAGGGUCUGCUUUUCAUUUUCUUCGCCAUUUUAAAGCACGGAUCUUACAAACGUGACAUGAGCAAUCCCCUCGGGCCAGGCCCUCAGCGGAGGUAAAUCAGCACUGGUGGAGCUUCACCACUUUAUACCAGCUGCAGAUCUGGCCUGUUGACGCCAGUGGAGCUGGGCUGAUUUACAGCAUCUGGGGCUCUGGCCCCAUUGACUUCAGUGGGGCUGCUCGUGUGAGUAAAGUUACCCCGGUGCGUAAGGGCUAGAUUCUGCCACCCUCACUGGAGCUGCCUGGCCGAUUUCAGUGGGACUCCUCGAGCAAUAGGGAACUUGCCCAAGUGAAAUUCAGCUGUGGACAGAGGUCGGCACAAGGACUAUGCACCAAUCCAAACUGAGAGUCUCCCCUUUUGAAUGGCAGCACCUGGAGCCCCCAGCUGAGAUUGGGCCCCAUUGUGUCAGUCGCUGCACAGCAGAGCUGGCCCAGCCCCACAGAGCUCACAGCCUGAACAGACAAAGCGCAGAAGGCGAAGCAGAGGCCCCGAGGCGGGAAGUGACUCCCCCAAGGCAGUGGCAGGACGGGAACCCCGCCCUCCCCAGUCCUGUCCACUAGCCCCGCUGCCUCUCCUUUGCAUCCAAAGGAGCUGGACUGAUUUACACCAAGGGAGGGUGGGUCUGUGCCGGAGCUGGAGGUGUCAUAUCCGACUCGUGUUACCUAGGGCCACAGACGGGCUCAUCCCCGGGCCAGCUGGGCCGUCCCACUGCCCACACUGCUGCGGCUCAUUGCAAAUGACACCUUCAGCUCCAGAGCAGUCGUAGCCUUGCAUGGCACACAUGCCUUGUGCUGGGCAUUUCGCACGGGGAGCGGGCUGAAUUUCCCCCAAGGUUGGCAGAAUCGGUCCCAAUGCCUUUGCAGGAUCGAGGCCCUCCCAGUUUGUUUUGUGAUUGGGGUUUUUUUUCUGUUUGUCGUCAUUCGGGUUGAUUUGGUGUGUGCGCGUGUGUGUGACAACGCAGCCAGCCGCUUUCCCGUCUCUGCUGUUUGCGAUGUGACCGCAGUGUCCUGUAUCCCCAACCCCCCGUGGCAUUGAUGACACUCUGCGUUUCUGUAUUGCUGGACAUUUUAAUAAAUUUUUUUAACAGUUAAUAA